AUGGCUACCAGCAACGCGCCCACGCUGAAGGACCAGUCGCUCUUCAUACAAAAGUCAUAUAUCAAUGGACAAUGGGUCGAUGCAAAGUCCGGCAAGACGUUCGCCGUGACGAACCCAGCGACAGGCAAAGAUAUCGGCACGAUGCCGGAGAUGAACAAGGAUGAUACACAGGCUGCCAUUGAUGCUGCUGCGAAGGCAUUCCCUUCGUUCAGGAAGACGACGGGCAGGGAGAGGGCGAGGAUGUUGCGGAAGUGGUACCAAUUGAUGAUGGACAACGCGGACGACCUCGGAAGGCUCAUUACAUGGGAGAAUGGCAAGCCAUUGACGGAUGCCAAAGGCGAGGUCACGUAUGCGGCGAACUUCUUCGAGUGGUUCAGUGAAGAGGCUCCCAGGAAUUAUGGCGAUACUAUUCCGGCGAGUGUGGUGGGCAACCGUGUGUUCACUACGAAGGAGCCGGUGGGCGUGGUUGGGUUGAUCACACCAUGGAACUUCCCUGCCGCCAUGAUUACCCGCAAAAUUGGCCCAGCACUCGCAGCAGGCUGCACAGUCGUGGCCAAAUCACCAGGCGAGACACCCUUCACGGCCGCUGCGCUUGCCGAGCUCGCCCACCGCGCUGGUAUUCCAGCAGGCGUGGUCAACAUCAUCACGGCACUCGACAAUACAGCCGAAGUAGGCGAGGCCCUCACCUCCUCUGAAACCGUCCGCAAAGUCUCGUUCACCGGCUCAACACGCGUUGGCAAGAUCCUCAUGAAGCAGUCGUCCGACACGCUGAAGAAGCUCUCCUUCGAGCUCGGCGGUAACGCACCUUUCAUUGUCUUCGACGAUGCGGACCUCGACACUGCAGUCAACGGAGCCAUUGCGUCCAAGUUCCGUGGCUCAGGCCAGACUUGUGUGUGCGCCAACAGAAUCUACGUCCAAGAAGGCAUCUACGACAAGUUCGCCACAGCCUUCACAGAAAAGGUACAGAACUUCAAAGUCGGAGCAGGCGACCAAGACGGCGUGACCCACGGCCCGCUCAUCCACGACCGCGCGGUCAGCAAAGCCAAAGCCCACGUCGACGACGCAGUCAAGCAAGGCGGCAAAGUCCUCUUCGGCGGCCAGGAGAUGCCCAACCUCGGCCCCAACUUCUUCCAACCUACCGUCAUCCGCGACAUGAAGUCCGACAUGCAACUCGCGCACGAAGAAACUUUCGGCCCGGUAGCCGGCCUCUUCCCGUUCAAAUCCGAAGCCGACGUCGUGGCGAUGGCGAACGAUACCGAGGUCGGGCUUGCUGGGUACUUCUUCAGCAAGGACAUCCAGCGCUGUUACAGAGUCGCGGAGGCGAUUCAGACGGGUAUGGUCGGGAUCAACACGGGUUUGAUCUCGGAUCCGGCGACGCCGUUUGGUGGGGUGAAGCACAGUGGUUUCGGAAGGGAGGGGAGCAAGUAUGGGAUUGAUGAGUAUCAAAUUAUUAAGACGGUUACGAUGGGUGGGAUGGCUGGAGAGCUUCAAGGGAGUUAG